AUGCCAGCCAAUGCCAACUAUGACGCAGACACGCAGCGCCAAUCCACCUCGACCAAGCCCGUGCAACUUGCAAGUGCAUUGUCUUCUCUGAGUGCACACCAGCACUACAGUUCCAUCUCAAAGUUGGGCAUGGAAAGUUGGAUCCCCUGGCAGCUUCCUGGUGUCGAUGCGCCUGCCAUCCUGGGAACGGAAACGCACCUACCACAAGGGUCUAGAUUGCCCUCCAGUAACAAAAGUCUGCAAAGUAUGAAUACCUACACAGUCGUGGUUUUGGCUCCCUCCCGUCUGCACCUUCCCUCCGUGACCUCCAGAGGCUCAGACACCAUCAAGUAUGGUCUUCACUCUAAUCCUUACAAGUCGCAUUUCCUCCUUCUUCCUCUCUACCGCUACCGACCUGUCCUGAUUCACGCGGCUCACUACCCGGAAACACCGUGGUCCACCAGCCCUGCCGUCCGCCGGCAGCGUCGCAGCCAACAAAUGAAACCCUCGGCAGACACCCAAAGUGCGCUGGCUGAGAUUCCCGGUUUUCACCACUUAAAAUCUCGACUUUUAUCCUUCCCGCUGCAGGGCUCGUCGCGGUUUUACAGGGUCUCCGGCCAAUUGCUGCGGGCGGUGCCACAUCAAACCCCAUCAAACUGGCCUUCAGACGGCCAACUCUUGAAUAUUCAGACCUCCAUUUUAUCAUCCUUCACGGCAUCUUCCCCGACCACCGCCAAUUCUUCCUCGAAAGUUCUUGGCCCUUUCCAACGUUUGAAGCUUUUGUUUUUUACCCGGCGAGACGGCGAGCGGCACGAGUAA